GUGUGAACGCCCUCUGCGCUCCUUUAUAUCGUUAUACCUCAGCGCUGUAAUCACGGUUUGGAAAUGUGGCAACAUAUUUUGUAUGCUUGACACAUCCAGAAGCAUCUUCAGACGGGAAUCAUGUCUUUGGAGAGCGUUCGGAUAGUAAAUACAUUUCGGGAGGCCGGGAAAAGCUGAAGACAUUUUAAGCAAGCAGACUGUAUUUGUUCCUGACACAGGUGGAUGAUUCUUGGAAUAUAGCUGGCUAGCUAUCUUGGAAACGUCUGGAGAAAAACACAAAACGCGGAUGUAAAUGAGAAUUAUCGUCAAAACGAAUAAACUGAUUUAACUGGGAAAAGGAAAUUAGCUAAAGAUCUUCAUAUUCAGUCUAAUUUUGCUUCAUAAUCAGAGAUUGACGAAUUGGCUUGUUAGCUAGCUAGUUAACAAGCUAACUAGCUCGAGCUUCCUACAAAUAUAUUAUAGGGAUGCUCGGAAGCAUUAGCGUUAAAUCAAUGUUAAUAUUGCCAAACAUGUUAUUGUCAGUCAGCAAGCAUGGACAUUCUUUACAUGGAGUUCAGCGUUGCUAGCUAACUAGCUAGUUAGCAAGCUAGCUAUUUAUUUACUCGAAGGUUGACGUAAUAUAAUCCACUGUCAAGUUAAACACAUCUCGCAUUGGCAAAAAAAGCUAGCUAGCUGGUUAACCAGUUAGUUAAAAUGGUCACACUUUACAACCAAAUUGUGGAUAACCCAGUGGCAGUGCCACCUAUUAGCACAUGUUAAAAGUAGUUCAACGUUGGUGAUAUUUAGCUAUUAUUGCUUCCAAUUUAGAGCAUUAAUCCCAUGUUCUGUUUAUUUUCAGACUGAAGUGUUUGGCAGUCAGCUGUAUUAGCAAGACGAUGCUUGACAACAACCGGGGCAACUGACAGCUAGAAUUACUCUGUCCCAAUGAUGCUGGAGAUGAUGACAGUGAAUUUAUGUUUAGGUAACACGUCAUUUGCUUCCGUUUUCCUUGGUCAAAUUUGACAAUUUUCUAUCAAGCUAAACUGAUCAAGUCCCCUUCUAUCACAGGAACUCAUAUUUUUGUGUGUGAUGUCACUUCAUCUUUUUUUGUGAUAAUAUAGUCCUUGUAUGACAUUAGCAUAGAAUUAGGAAUUAGAAUACUAGCUAUUAUAAUAGAGUAAUUUAAUAGGAUCGAUAUGGACAUUUGCCUGUUGCCUCAGUAAUAUUUAGGUUCUUAGAACAUUUCUAUUUAGUCUGUGCUAUUUUGCUAAGCCACAUGUCACCAAUGUAUCUGUUGCAUUCCAAAGUAUAAAUCAAAGUUCAUAAUUCUAUGGAAUGAAUUAUACGUUUUUCUGAAAAUGCACAUUGGAGUAGUUGUUGACAACAUUUUUUAAAAAAUGCAUGGUUAGUCACUGUGAAUGCAUGAGUAGUGGAUCAUUAUGGCAAGUAGACAUAUCAACGAAUAUAGGGAGUGCACUGGUUGUAAGAACUAAGGUGUUUACACAGUGCUGAGUUGUCAUAAAUUCAGAGCUAGACAGGCAGUUAUUUUUUAUUUACCAUCAUGCAAAAUUUGCCUAUGGAUCUCAUCAAGGAUGUCGACUACCAUGUGUAGAAUAACAAUAUUGAAAUUGAGGAAGAAUUUGAUUUUGACUUUCAAAUAAGAGGAAUUAUAAGCUUUCUCACAUUUGCUCAGGAAUUAUCUACUUAAAUGGAACAGACUCUGAUGUCUAGCCCUCAGGGGCAUUCCGAGUGGGAUCCAGAAGGCACAAGCUCCCAUGGAUUCAUCCUCAUGGAUUCAGACAAAGGAGCCAUAAUGCCUCAGAGAAAAGGUGGUCAGACAGUUUUGGAUUUCCAGAAAGUUGACCAGGAUGUAUCUCUAUGCCUGGAAGAGCUUUUCCAGGAGAACGCCUUAAAUUUAGACAGUCUUUUCAGGACCUCCAGUUACUCUGGUGGAGACAAGAUUUUGCCAUGGGAGGGAGAUCAAUCUAAUAAUUCCCAAGAUGUUCCCCUGGACAAACCUGCAGAGUUAUCGCCUCUCAAAUACAAAAUUGAGGAACAUAACAAUGUAAGUGACAGUCCUCUACCUGGGCUGUUAUUCUCCAAAACCACUGAUUUGCUCAGGGAUAACUCAGCCUGCGAGGAACUAAAUUCCCUGCAAUAUCCACCUGUGAGUGUCACAGACCCAGUUACCUGUCACAAGGAGCUGAUAACCCUCAGUGAACCUCCUUCCCCUGUGAAGGUUUCAGAUAGGACUCCUUCCUCUUUGUUGGUAGAUCACCUCUCAUCUGAAUACUUCCCCUUCUCACCCAGCCCUGCCCCUUCAGGUGAGGUGAACCCACAGGGUGUCAGUAAGGAGCUUUUACUCCUGUCACUGGAUGAGGACAGAGGCCUCCCUCCUGCUUUACAGGGCGGGGAGACUGUGUCACCUGAAACCGGGGACAAAGGUUUAUUCCUGGAACAUGUGACUGAUCUGCCCACAGUCAGUAACAUUACCCCUGAAGGUUUACCUGAGAGCAGCCUCUCACACGACGCCAUCCCUACUGACUGCGCUAGCGAAUCGCCAGCGGUUCAGGUGGGAUCUGUGCCUUUGCUGGAUCUGGAGGUUCCCGACUGUGACAGCUGCCUCAGCCUCUGCCCUACUCAUCUUGACUCGCCUACCUGCACAGGUGCUCCAUCACCUGCAGAGGAUUCAGAGCAGGAACACACAUUGGCUACUGCAAUCCUGACUCUCUCAGAGCACAGAGGUGAGGGGGACUCGUCCCUCCUUCUGAACUCUUCACCAUCGAUUGAACCGCUGUCGCCAAAGUUCCUCUCCAACGGAGAUGCUUCGGUCCUUGGUCACCUGCCCAGUGGCUGCAGCUCCGAGGAGAAUGGCCCCCAGGAUUUGAUGGAAGACAAAAUUAUCUUUGAUUUCACCAAACAUGAGGGAGAGGAGGAAAUGGCUCUGGAUCAGUGCUUGACCUCAGAUGCACUGCCCGAUGAGGAAAUGUGGGACUUGAAACCACCCAAGGCUAUACAGGGUGACAGUGUUCCUGCUUUACAAACUGAACAGCGCGAUGGGGAAAGGUUGGCAGACUUGGACCUGUUUGCCGGAACCACAGAUUUUCACAAACGUGAUAGUUUUGAUUGCCCGGUUCUGGAGUUGAAUGGUUCGUCUUCUGACUCUGGAUGGACUAGUGAACAAACAGUGGAGACGCUGUCACUCUCUACGAUGGUGGGGUCUGACUCCAUGGCUGUGGUCCCCAUAGUGAAUCGGAGAGAGGAAGACCCGUCACCUCUGAAGGCAGUGUUUGACGCUCUAGACCAGGAUGGGGAUGGAUUUGUACGCAUUGAGGAGUUUAUGGAGUUUGCUGCUACCUAUGGGGCUGACCAGGUGAAGGAUCUGACCAAGUUCCUGGAUCCAAGUGGGCUGGGGGUGAUCAGCUUCGAGGACUUCCAUCGAGGAAUCUCGGCCAUCAGCAAUGGAGGGGCAGAGCCCCAGCUCUACGAUGUGCACUUCAGCCCAGGGGACGGAGCCGUGGGCUGCCCAGAGGAGUACGAUGAGCAGAAUGAAGUGACAGACAGUGCCUACCUGGGCUCGGAGAGCACUUACAGCGAGUGUGAGACGUUCACCGACGAGGACACCGGAGCCCUGGUCCAGCCCGAGAUGCACGAGGAUGUGGAAACGGACAGCGGCAUCGAGGCCACGCUCCACGACCCUGAGGACAGCAGCAACAGGUUCUCCCUGAGCUCUGAGCUGCACAGCCACACCCUGGUGACAGUGAUUGGCGGGGAGGAGGAACACUUUGAGGACUUUGGGGAGAGCAACACCUCGGAGCUGCUGCUGGACACCACCGAGGAGGGAACCGAGGGAGAGGGGGACUCGUCCCACCUCCAGACCCCCGACCAGAACAACUGCUCCUCCCUGCUACUCUCUCCCAGCUCCAGCAAGAGGCUGUCCAGCAAGAAGGUAGCACGACACCUCCUCCAGAACAGCUCCCUGACGCUGGACAGCAUGAGCGAGCUGUCGCGGGACAUACUGGACCUGGCCGACACCGACAUCACUGACAAGGUGCUCCUGCUGGAGCGUCGCGUGGCGGAGCUGGAGAAGGACUCGGAGGCCAGCGGCGAGCAACACGCGCGCCUCCGCCAGGAGAACCUGCAGCUGGUGCACCGGGCCAACGCCCUGGAGGAGCAGCUCAAGGAGCAGGAGCUCCGCGCCGAGGACCACCUGCACCAGGAGACCCGCCGCCACAAGGACGCCCUCACCAAGCUGGAGCGGGAGAGGGGCCUGGAGCUGGAGAACCUGCAGGCUAGGCUGCAGCAGCUAGAUGAGGAGAACAGUGAGCUGAGGUCCUGUGUUCCCUGUUACCGCGCCAACAUCGAGAGACUAGAGGAGGAGAAGAGGAAGUUGGAGGACGAGGUGGAGGACGUGACGGAGCGGCUGAACGAGGAGCUGGAAACCCGGAGGAAGACUACCGACAAGUUGACCCAUGAGCGCCACCAGAACCAGAAGGAAAAGGAGCACACGCAGGAGCUGAUUGAGGACCUGCGGAAGCAGCUGGAGCACCUGCAGCUGUACAAGCUGGAGGCGGAGGCUAGGAGAGGGCGCUCUCCCAGCGCCGGGCUGCAGGAGUACCAGAGCCGCACCCGCGAGGCCGAGCUGGAGCAGGAGAUCCGACGCCUCAAGCAGGACAACCGCAGUCUGAAGGAGCAGAACGACGAACUGAACGGCCAGAUCAUCAACCUGAGCAUCCAGGGAGCCAAGAACCUGGUGACGGCCUCCUUCUCCGAGUCACUGGCCGCCGAGAUCAACUCUGUGUCCCGGGGAGAGUUGAUGGAGGCCAUCCGCAAGCAGGAGGACGUCAACUUCCGACUACAGGACUACAUCGACCGCAUCAUCGUGGCCAUCAUGGAGUCCAACCCCUCCAUGCUGGAAGUCAAGUAGAGGUGGCCAUCUUGGAAUAGGGCAGCCUGGCGGCCUCUCCGCCUCACUGGACUGCCAUACUGGGAGAGACUGGCUAAACACUUAAAGACUGGCUACUGAGACUGACCACAGAGAGAGAUAUACCUAUUGAACUAUAUUAGGUGGAAAAAAGCACUCCAAUUACCCUUAAAGAAGAUUUAAAAGAAGAUUAAAAAAGAUUAUUUUUUUGUCACUGUUGAUGGCUGUUGUCUAUGAGAAAAUAAGCUACAUGGUUUAACGUCCCUGGGAUUUGAGCUUUGCUUUGUGUGUGUGUGUCUGUUCCCCAUGUCUACAGUAGGCUUUGGUUCUAAUGACUUCCCUGUAUUUGGGUAGAGGGACCUAAGUUUUCUUGUGUGUCUGAAGUUGUGUGUGCAUAUGUGAUUUCUCUGAGGAACCCUUGGACUCCAUGGAAGACCUGGUUAACGUGUCACUGUCCCCUUAAAUAUCUUUUCGGCAAUGAAAUCUUAUGAGCCCCAAUGCUAGCAUGAUUCUGAAGCGUAUUGUCCUUGCACUACAUAUCAGCUCAUACCAUCUUUCACCGUGAGCUCAGUAAAUGAACUCCUGGGGUGUUUGGGAGCGUUCUCCUGUAUCACACUGAACAAUGUUUAAUCCACAUUUAAACCGUAUGUUGCACUGGUCAGGAGACGAGGUCAGAUGAAGUUGACCCUGGCUGCUCUCUUGAACACAGACUUGCGGUGCCGCCUACUACAUAAACCGUGUCAUGUUUGCAGUGUAAGUCUUUAUCCUGGUUUGUCUUUUGACUUGGAUUAUAUUCCCAGUGUGAGUUAAGGCAACCCAGGUGAGGGACAUUUCCUGGGGUAGAGGACAAGAAAUGCCCUGAGGGUUAGUGUGUGUGUGUGUGUGUGUGUGUGUGUGUGUGGUGUUUUACAUUCCUUUGUGUUACUUGCAAUACUUUGUUUUGAAAAAAAGGUUUAGUGACUACAAUAACAGUAACACAAAUGACAUGUUCAUUCUUGUGAGCCUCGAUGUCUCCACAGUGAAACUGAGUGGCUUAUUGUUUGCUGCAUCUCCAUUUGUUUUUACAAUGAAACAGAGUCCUAGGGGGUCAGGUGGGUUAAACACUCCAAUAAGAGAACACUUCUCCAUCACAUCAAUUCCUUUUAAUGUAAGCUGUGACAUUGGGGUAGUUAAAAACGGACAAAUACUGACAUCUUAAAUGUUGGUCAUACUGACAAGAAAUAAUUGGAUGGUGUAACUUGGUCACUAAAUCAAAUUGAGAGAAAACUUUGCUCAGACUAGGUUGUAGUUUUUUAUUUGAGCUGAGUGCACUGGAAAGUGUAGUUCUUUAGUGUGACUGACCCACCUGAUCCUUAGUGGACUCUUGCUGAGUGAAAGUGAAAGGGAGCCAGCUUAUCCACUGGGAAGGACAUGUCUGGUCUGCUUGUUACCCAAAACAUUUACUGGAUAGGUGACUUACUUUCCAUGAAAAUGUUAAGACAGAAAAUGCUGAAUAAUUUGACGUCUUAUUGAAGGAAUGGAAUCGGUUGUACUUUUGCACUCAUUUAUUUUUUGAUUUAGACAAAAAAAAGUAUUGUGUUUGUAAAAAAAAAAGUAAUUAUUGUGAAGGGAUGUAAUCCUAAUAUGAUGAUAUCUCUUGUUUUAAAACCAUAUGAAUUACUUAAGAAUGCUGAAAUGAUUUGAAAACGGAUUACUCUCCAGCAGCUUUUUGAUUUAAAGGAGCAGAACAUGUUUAACACUUAGAUGAAGCAAUAACGUUGUGAAGAACAGACUUCAUGGACAAACAGACGUCAACAAACGGACAACUCCCUUCUUUACUGUAUGAGCCUCAGUUGACUGAGCACCAAUCUGAAGCUCCGGAACUUUUCGCCACAUCUCUGGACUUAAUGAAGAGGAAAUGAGAAUGGCAGACUAUUAAUACACGUCAUCAGUGCUGCAUAUUCACCAAUGGUUUGUCCCUGGGUGAAAGGGAUGAACAGCACUGUACCAACCAACGCAGCUAUACUAAAAGAACUAACGCAGCCGCCUCCACCUUUUCCUACCACCUAUAAAACUCUUGCUAUGUCACCACGCUCUUCUCCUUCUCUUCAGCGCUCCACGGAAAAUGGCCUUGGAUGUAAACGACUUGUACAUGUAACAUUUUUUUAGAACCUUUAGAUUCUAGGUAUUUUUAUAGUUGAGGGGGGAAAAAUAGAAUUUUUCAUCAUUUUCUUUUUGGUCUUCUGCUGAGAAAUAAUAUGAUCCUCCCCCCAUGGGAGGGUAUUGUGUAUGCCGCACUAGCAUGUAGCACGUACGCGUCAAUUUCUCCCGUCUGUGAAUCACAUACAGAUAUUUAUUCUACAUUUCACAUCACUUCACAGUCUCUCCUUUGUUGUUUCUCUCUAAUACCAGUUGUUUUCGAGGGAAAAGUUUGUAAAUAGUUUUGGAAUUUAUGGAUUCACAAGGGAAACUGGCAUUCAAUGGAUUUAAUGGUUGAAUGCUACUCGAGGGGAAAUUGUUGAAUUUAGAAAAAUAUUUAUGAUUCUUUUUGAUUGAAAUGGAUGUCUUGUACUCAAGGUAGCACACGGUACAUUUCAAAGUGCUGCAUUGAGCACCCAUUGAAUUGGCAACACAGUCACGUCUGACCAAUUCAAAAUGUCUGUUUAUGGUGAGGUCAUUCCACUUCAGCCCAACUGAAGUGUGAUCCACUGUAAUGCUGAGGUUGCAGACAGUGGCCUCUUAAAGGGCAUUGUCAUUGUAGUUAACGUCAGUGACGGAUGCCAACUCUGUUAUCGCCCCAGCUGCUGAGAACAGGCACUGCACAGAACUACUGAUCACUAUUGUAUAUCACUUUCUGAAUCUUUAAAACCGAUCAUUAGGUUCACCCAUCCAUAUCAUAUGGAGGUCAGUGGAGUUGCACUGCGCCUGAUGACUGGGGACAGGUAGUGAGGCCUCAGAAAGCCAGCCCACAAAGGGCUGAACUGUCUGAUUGGUUCAAGUCAUUCUGCCUUUGAGUGUAAUAGGUGGCUUUCCCCAGCAGAUAUGAGGCUCACGAGGCUUCAGCCAAUCAUUUACUACUACAGUACCCAGCAGCCAGUGGUGCAUUACUAAGAGGAAACCCUAAGACAUAUCUUCCCACGUAUCUUACUCUAUCUUACCUGGAUACAGCAGCAGUAUUAACCUAUUUUCUGUUUAUUCCUUGUUUAUUAGUUUAUUUCAGACUGUCUACUGUAGUUCAAACAGCUAGUUGUGAGACUUACAGUAGCAUGAUUGCUAGCUGACUGAUUAGACUAAGACCAGAGUCCUGUCCAGACAUUCCCUUUUGCAGGGUUAAACUUGAUUCAAUGGGAUUCUCUAAUGCACUUUAAACAAGUUCCAAUUUCUUUUUAACCACAGCGUUUUCAAACUGACCAAAGAACGAAUUUUUACUUCUCUGACCAUUUUAACACCCUCUUCUUCGCAGAAAUUUGAAAACAUUAUCAUCAGAAAAGUAAUUCAUUAUCAUUGCUGAGUCCAACUCUGCCCUGAAAAACUGGCCUGCAAGUCUUAACACUGUGCCCCUCUCUCAUAAUUGUCCCUCUUACUAACCUGAUGACGAGCCCUUGGAAAGCACUGACCGUAUGUGGCUGUCAGUUUUGUUAAAUUAUAAUUAUAAAAACUUAAAUGUGUAUAUAAAUUGUUAUGUGAACUUUUGCUCUCACACUAGCUUCCAAUGUCCAAAGAAAGUUUUGCUCAAGGCACAAACAUCACUACUGGAGUAGUGCAUGGCUUGCCAUUUAAACGAAUGGGAAGGAAAAAAGAAAACAUUGUAGAAACAAGAAUUGUACAACUGAAGUUUAUUCUUAUUCUGAAGGAUAUUGUAUAAAUUAUGAUAACAUGAUUGUUUACUGCUCUAUAUUUUUCUUUGAAGAUCCCCUGAAAGAUGUAAUCCUUAUUGUUAUUGGGGAAUUAUAAUUUCAAGUCAUUGUAAAAAGGUAAAAGAAAACAAUGAAGUAAGAUUAGAAAAUAAAUCAAAUAAUAAAAUGAUAUUUUGUUUGA